AUGAUUCUGAAAACAGCUUUGCAUCUAGUGGAAGAAUACAGCGCUGCAAAUGAGUUUAGACAGGGGGACAAACAGGGGAUGGGUCCAGCAAAAAUUUGGAAGCCACCUGACCCAGAACGGUACAAGGUAAACGUUGACGGUGCAACGUUUGAAAGCCAGAAAAAAGCGGGAAUAGGAGUGGUGAUCCGGGAUGAAAAAGGGGAGGUAGUCGUAGCUUUAAGCAAAUUAGUGAAUGCACCGUUGGGGGCUGUGGAGAUCGAAGCAAAGGCUAUGGAGGCCGGGGUGGUUUUUGCAAGAGAUGUAGGCAUAAGGGAGGCGGAGUUUGAAGGAGACUCGUUGAUCGUUUGCAUUGCUCUUCAAGGAGGUGAGGGAGCGCCGUCUUCCAUUCAAAACGUGCUGGAAGGAACAAUGGAACUUGUAUCUGGCUUUAGGAGUUUUGCUUUCUCUCAUGUAAAAAGACAGGGAAAUGUCCCUGCUCACUUGUUAGCACAGUAUGCUAAAGAGACUGAGAACUAUGUAGUUUGGCUAGAGGAAUGUCCUAACUUUCUUGAGCACACGUGUGCUCAUGACAUAUCUGUAGUUUCUCACUCUUAUCCUUAA